CGCAGAUCGUGGAUAGAAUGGAGGUCCGGAGCGCUCGGCAUGUCACGAUGAGCGCACUGAGUAAGAUCACCCAUCCUUUCCAAAAUUGACUGAACGAGAAGUCUAGUUGAUGACGGUGAGCACGAGUGGAUGGAUGCUGGCUUUGCUUUGGCUUUGCUUGACGGCCCUGUCAAGCUCGUCUUCGCAUUGUUGUGUCCGUUUAGUUGCCGUUUAGUCAUACCAGCAGCUGAGGCCGCUUCAUCGGCGGCUGAUCAUAGUCCACUACAGGUGAGCGAUGCAAAGGAGCGAUGGAAGCAGACAACAGCGGCUGUCAUGAUGCAUUGGCUUCUCUUCUUCUCUCCCUGGUUUCAUGCAGCAGGUGCCGUCCUCCCCUGGGUUGUGUGAGGACAGGGCCGGUGUCGCAGCCAGGGAAGACACCCACCGCCGGUACGCUUUGCUGCCGACGCGUUCAUGACGUGAUCAUCUCAUCUCAUUGUCGCUGUGCUUUGCCUCGUGUUUGUCCGAUAGCGGCCGCCUGCAUCCCUCUCUCGUGUGCAGAUGAGUGGCCAGACGGGGGCGGUGGGCGAGCGGAGUACUCUGCCACGACUGUGACUGACUCGCAUACCUAUCCGUUUCAUCGCCUGGUAAGCAAAGGCAGACCCGCUGCCAUCAGACCAUCAUACAUGUGCUUUGCCUUCAGCCUCGGUGAGGACAAUGAUGGCGGCGCAACCUACACAGUCAUCAGCUGCAGCAGCGGCACCAGCACCACAUGUAUGUGGGCAGCUGACACACACACACACACACACACACACACAAAGUGUGCCAUGCUUUAAUGAGGUCUGCCUACGUUGUUCCUUUGUUCGUUUCACCAGGCGGCGCCAUGCCGUGGGCCGUGUGGUUUCCAGGAGGGCAGUCGUGUGUGGGUGGUGACGGAGAAGCGGGAGGAGGGCGAGCAAGAGUGGGUCAAGGCGGACGUCUACCGCAUUGACGGGAGGACGGUGUACUUCCGUGAGGUGGGCGGCGGGGAGGGCUUCAAAGUCACUGUGCCGACCAAGACCAUUCCACCCACAGAGCUGACGCCACACGCGGUGAGCAAAUGCACGACAAGAUGAUUGCCUCGUUGGUCCACUUGUGUGUCCGUUGUGUGUGAGUGCAGGUGUGUGAGACGGCUUCCGUUAUCUCCGGUCAGAGCCGCCCCCCAAGGAAACCCAUGACGGCGGCAAGAAGGUACACACACGCGCCACUGCACACACAGCACACGGAUGCCUCCCCUUUGUGCGGUCUGUUCGCCGUUCAUCGUUGCUUCCUAUCUCCCCCUGUCAGGCCGUUGACCGUCUCGGCAAUGAUGAGUUGGCAUCGCUGUUCAGCUUUUUGAGCCCUUGCGAGCUGUCCGCCCUCUUCCCACAUCGCUCCCCCGUCCGCAACGGAGCCGUCCGGCAGCACACCCACAUCACCAUCGACGCAUCCACCCCGGCCGAGUAUCAGUUCUGGAGCAGCACGACCACACAGGACGCCUUCAAGCUCGGCAGACGGCUGACCAGCCUGACGUCGGCUCACGUGGUGCAGCCGCACACCCAUCUGGAAUGGUGUCUGAACACAUUGACAGCCGUCGUGGAGGGCCAUGCUGCGGGCCGCCGGGCGGCGCGGGAGAGGGAGAGCUUCAUCGAGUCCAUCCACUUCAGCUGCCCGACCGACGUCCGUGCCGGCCACGUGUGUCCAUCCCGGCCCCGGCAUCCUUCUCUCCCCCUCCCCUCUCCCCGUGUCCAGCUGCCGUCCCUCAAGAGCAUCACGGGCCUUCGUGAAGCCCACGGGAUGCUCGAACGGGGCUGGGUGAUGCCUCACCUGGAGGGCGUGACCACGGGAGGAACCUUCAGGCUGGCGACGGACGACUUCGUCCGCUUUCUGCGGCAGCUGAUCAAGACGUCUCGGUCCCUGAAGCGGCUGGCCGUGGGUGGGCUUCGUCACGAGGCGACGCUCUGCGUCCUAGCGGGCAUCCCUGAGGGCGGGAGGGGGGAGAGGGGGCCGCUGGCGGGGCUCGAGCACCUGUCGACGGUUCUCCUGGGACCCAGGGAGAACUUCGAAGAACUUCAGGCAAGUAGAGGAAAGGCGUCGCUGAGCUCACACAUCAUAGUGUUGUGUCGGUCUCCUCCUCAGAGGUUGUUGGUUUCUCUCGGCUGCAAGCAGUCCAUCCGCCAUCUCGGGGUUGGCAGCGCCGUGCCUUUACGGGACCUUCCACGAGGGGAGCAUCAUUGGCUCCAUUCCCUCAAGGCCUUCGCCGAGGCAGUCGCGUCGCCCUCCGUCGACAUCGAGUGCUGCCUGCCCGCUGUGGGCUGCCUCAACACAUUCCUCGAUCCGGCAUUGCUCGACACGCCAUCCCUCGCCAAGCCCCUCCAGGCCAUCGCGAAGGGGGCCGGGACGAUCGGCGGAUUCGGUGGCCCGGAGGACGCCAUCACACUGGAGGUCACGCAGGCCAUCGUCGACGGCAGCAACGACGUGAUGGGGCCCCUCACCAAGAGGGCGCAGCAGACGGCAGCCAGCCUCACAUUCGAGAAGGUGAAGAAGGUGGCGAUCUGGGCGCCGGAGGAUCUGCACAUCCCCGAUGACGCCCCUCCCCCUUCCAUCCGCGCACUCCAGCACCUGUCGCCCCAGGCAUUCCCCAACGCGACACAGCUGUUUGUGGGAGCAAGACCCGUCGGUCCCCAGGGGCCCCAGGCAGCUGCGGAUCUCACGAGCCGGAUGCCGGCGCUCGACCACCUGACACUCACGUCUGCUGCACCUGACACCGUCGACAUGCUGAGAUCGAUCGGCGACCGGGUGCCACGCAAGGUGCAGCUGGAGGGUUUUCACAUGGGCCUUCCACCCCCCGCCCCCAAUCCACUGCCCCCUGCGUCUCUGCCCCGCGUCAAGCACCUGUUGGUCAUGGGCACUCAGGGCAUGUCUGCGGCCAAGGCGGCGGUGGCCGGCAUGAGCUCACUGGAUGAGGCGAUAGUGGACACGGCUGGUGUAGCAGGGUUGCUGACGGCGAUGGGCGGCGGGCGGACGCUCAAGUCGCUGCAACUUACCUUUCAUCCACGUAGUUUCCGCGCCCUCGAGUCUGCUGAUCUGACCCACCUGCCCAAAGUUGAACGCGUGUUUGUGCCAGGUACACAACAAGUGCGUCACUCUUCUUCACAUCUGUUCGCUUUCACACAGUUUUCGAUCGUACCGUCUGGCCUGCUGCCGAUGUCCUAGCCGGUGUGAAGGCCUUGUGCCGUCUGCGAGACCUGCAGCGGUUCGAGUUCUGCCUCCCUGAGGCAUCGAAGGACCGCAUCGGUGGCCCUGAAGACCCCAUCCACGCGUUGUUGGGCGAGAUGCAGCAGCGCCACGGCACGACACUCGGCACAUUGAUGAAGAAGCACACACUAGUGCAGCAGGGGCUUCAUACCCGCAGCGGUCACAUCGACUAUCGUCUGCUGCUCGACGCUGGCGACAUCCGGCAGGUUAGUGAUGUGUGUGCAGUGCUGCCUUUCCACUUGUCAUGACGUAUCGACUGCAGAUUCUGGCGGCGGAGGCCGAGGCCCACAUUGCAGGCCCCGCCACCGCCUCUCACACUACCGAUGCGAAUACAGGUACGCAAGCGCAAGGAAGGGCGACCACGAAUGAGUACACACCGUGGGUAAGUAAGGUAUGCUUUUAUCAGGUUCGUCAUUAGGUUCAGGCCCUGCAGCGGCAUCAAUAUCGGCAGCAGGAGGAAGCGCGAGGCAGCUGACGAGCAUGACUGAUGGACAGGACAGUGAUGGUGGUUUGGCGGAGAUGUCGUGCAGCCGUGCGGCAGGCCAUGUGGACCGCCAGCAAGAGGACAGGUAGCUAGCACAUUGGGUGAGAGGGGCGAAGAUGGGUGGAUGGGUGGGUGAGAGAGACACUCGAUGCUGUGAUCCGAUCCAUGCGUGUCUGUCUGCGCGGUGUGGUGCAUGCUUGCUUGUCUGUCAAUCUUCGUGUGGG